AUGUUAACAGGAAGCUUUGCACUCGCAGUCAGCCAUUUCGCUUCUCUAUCAAACUCAAGCUUCGAUUGGUUUUCUUCGGUUUCGGCUGCUUCAUCCUACGGUGCCAUAGAAUUGGACCAUAUUCAGGAGGAGAUUGAGGAGGUGACUGCCGUUCCAGAAGUGAAGGAGAAGAAGAAGAGCAGAAAUGCUUUGAGGAAGGGGUCGGGAGGUGAAGAGGUCCGAGCUAUGCAGGAAGCAUUGCAAAAACUAGGAUUUUACUCGGGUGAGGAAGACAUGGAGUCUUCCAGCUUCUCGAGCGGACUGAACGUGCCGUCAAGACUUGGCAAUCUGGAUAACAAAGGGAGUACUCUGACUGCUACGCAAAAGGAAGAUACAAAUGGAGUUGCAGUUACUUCUGCAACAGAAAUUUCAGAGGUCCAGCAAACACUUGUGAAAGGUGUUACAGAAGUAGAGGUAUCUGAGCAUCGUGUUUUUCUCCUUGGAGAGAACCGCUGGGAAGAUUCUUCUAAACUUAGCAGGAACCAAAAAAAGGGAGGUGAAAGCAAGACAAUGAAUACCACAACAAGGUGUCUUACUUGUCGAGGGGAGGGUCACUUAUUGUGCACAGUUCCAGAAUGUGAUGGAACAGGCGAGCCAAACACUGAAGAACAGCAGUUCUUGGAUUGGGGGAAAGAGGGAGCAAAAUGUCCGUAUUGUGAAGGUCUUGGGCAAUUUAGGAGCGUUAGGUAUGAAAAUAUCUUCCCAUAA